AAUGCCCACCGCCGGCGAUGAACGAGAGCGCUCACCACACCCCUAUGCCCGGCGUGGCCGCCGAAGUGCUAGGUCUGAAGAGAGCAGCAACUACCAAACUCCAACAAAUCUGUCGAGCGAAAGUGGCACUGAGGCCGACGAUGAGCGACCACCACAAUACUUGAAGGCCCUACCACCACCCUCUCUACGGCCUGCCAAAGGACUGCGACAAGAAGACGGUUCACCGACGCCGCUGCUCACUCCCUCGCAACUCGACAACCAAGGCCGCCGAUUAUCUGAGGGUUACUUUGAUCACAAGCCGACACCGACACCAACAGAACAUGGCGAAGAAGAUGAUUUGUUGCUCGCUCGGCGGCAGUUUGAGAAGAGGAGGAGAGCUGAGCGCGUUCGUCGCAUCUCAGAAGGUGCUUUGCUUGCAUGCAUUGGCUUGAUCAUCAUGCUUGCUCCUUCUGUGAGACAGGCUCUCUGGAAUUGGCAUCGAGCCCUGCUGAUCGCUGUAUACCCCCUGAGGGUCGUCAUCUUCUCCCCUUCAGACGACACGACUCGUCCCACAUGGCGACGCUUCCGAGUACCUCCUUCCUUCGAUCCUGCUUCCAUUCUCUAUCCCACCUUUGUCCCCGCCAGCCAGCCUCCCUUCCUCCAGCCUGAGCUCCUCACUCUCCUAUACCCUCUCCAUCAGGCACUCUUACCUCCACUGCAUUAUUUGACCACAACCAGUCUUCUGGCUGCUGAGAAACAUCUGUUGUCAGCUGGCUUGAUCAAUCUUCUCCUGUUCGCUACUUCGCCUCAGACUGCUAUCUUGCGUGCUCUCCUCUGGAUUGGAGGCGUCUGGCUUCUCGUCUUGUGCACUCAUGUUGCGCGCUGGAACGUAGCCCUUGCACGUGUACCUCGAUGGAGGUUCCGGCGAACUGCUUCUAAAUCCGCUCAGACGAAACGCGAUCCUCUUGCUGUACUUACAAAGUGGGUCUAUCCAUUCAAACACUAUCAAAAUGACGAUAGCGACGCCGACGAGGAUGUUCCCCUUCAAAGAGUUCAGACUCAAACGCGGAAAACGCCCCAGCUGGUCAUCAACAAUACCAUGACUGGCCACGACUUCCACGAGCCGUUUUCAGCAGCCGAAGCAAAUCCGCCUUCUCACCGAGAUUCGGUUGUAGAUGCGAACGACUUCUCUAGGAAAAGAAGACAUACUAUUGCAAGUAUGGACGUUCCCACUUCGUUGCUUGGUAACACUCCAAGCGCAGCUGCCCAGCGUAGACAUCGUCGAUUACGCGAUUGGCAUCUGAAUCUGACCCCUGAAGGCGCAUUUAUGUACAAAUGGGCGUAUGCAAUCUACAUUCUGACGACGAUUGCCUUUGUUAUUCUGGUCCCAGUACGCAGAACAAUCUCGGACGCCGCUCUCAACUCAACAGAGCCCAUCAUCUGGGCAUUUGAGUAUCUCUUCUCAGAUAUACCUACGCUGUACAAUGCCCUUUCUUCUAGAGUCGACCGCAUUGCUUACAAAGAUGAGAUUUUGCGCAAUUUGUCGUUCUAUGGCUCAUCGGUCCCAGGUGUGAGAGCUGCGGUUGGUGCAGCCAACACACGGCUUCUCAUCGUUGCAUACUGGGCAGCCGUUCUCUGUAUUGGUCUGGUCGCGGUCUUGCGUCUGACUCNNCCCUUCAUCGAGGUCGACACUAGACGAAAAGUCUUCCAUGCAGUCAUGGUUACCAUGCUCCUACCAUCCAUCUUCGUGGAUCCUUGCUUCUGUUCGCUAGCCCUCGGCAUCGUCCUCGCCAUUUUCUUGAUUCUGGAAAUCAUCCGAGCUGGUCAGGUUCCUCCGUUAGGUCUCGCCAUUGGAAGAUUCGUCGCCCCCUAUGUCGAUGGGCGAGAUUUACGAGGUCCCAUGGUUGUCAGCCAUGUCUUCCUUCUCAUUGGCUGUGCUAUCCCACUCUGGCUAUCUCUCGCCGGAAUCGGCAGAACAAAAACCGGCCGCUGGCCUGGCUGGGAGACGCAAAACGAAAGCCGCGAGGUUGCCAUGGUGGCAGGAGUCAUCUGCGUAGGCAUGGGCGAUGCAGCAGCCAGUCUAAUCGGCAGACGCUUCGGUCGCUGCAAAUGGCCCUGGAUCGGCGGCAAGUCUCUAGAAGGCAGUGCUGCUUUUGCAAUUGCCGUAACCAUUGGUUUGUUGUUUGCAAAAACGUGGGUCAGAUUUGGGGGAUGGCCUGAAGUUUACGAUACCAACGAGACAACUGUUUCCACGCUACUGCCACUGCCUGUAGAUAUCGGCUUUUGGGGUUCAGAGAUUGGGAAAAUGUUUGUUUGUGGCUGUGGGGCUUCGUUUAUGGAGGCGGUGCUUACGGGAGCAAAUGACAAUGUAGUUGUUCCUGUUGCAUUGUGGUUGUUGGUCAAAAGUAUGGGUAUC